CGAAAUUGAUAAUGUGAUGACAGCCGAGUCUUCCUAUGAGCAAUGGAAAGACAGUGAUGAUGAUGACGAUGGAACUGCAGCAGCAGCAGAGCUGACUGAGAUAACCAUGAAUUCAUCUGAACCUGAAGCUGAAUCAGAGGGAAAUUUGAUAGAGUUAGAUGGGAAUCAGGAAGAUGCGAACGAAUUGGCUAACAUUUCGAAUGUGUCUGACCUGAGAGUUGUCUCUGCGCGAGAACGGCUGCUCACCUAUGAGCAAAACCAAUUAUUGAGCCAGUUUAGUUUAUAG